GGAAGGGGCGGGGCUCCGCGAGCCGAUUCUCUGGCGCCGCGGCCCCUGCUACCCCGAGCCGGAGCGGGCUGGGCCGCCGAGGCAAGAUGGUGGACUACAGCGUGUGGGACCACAUCGAAGUGUCGGAUGAUGAAGACGAGACGCACCCCAACAUCGACACGGCCAGCCUCUUCCGCUGGCGGCACCAGGCCCGGGUGGAGCGCAUGGAGCAAUUCCAGAAGGAGAAGGAGGAGCUGGACCGAGGCUGUCGGGAGUGCAAGCGCAAGGUGGCCGAGUGUCAGCGGAAGCUGAAGGAGCUGGAGGUGGCUGAGGGCGGCCAGGCAGAGCUGGAGCGGCUGCAGGCUGAGGCUCAGCAGCUGCGCAAGGAAGAGCGGAGCUGGGAGCAGAAGCUUGAGGAGAUGCGCAAGAAAGAGAAGAAUAUGCCCUGGAAUGUGGACACACUCAGCAAAGAUGGCUUUAGCAAGAGUAUGGUCAAUACCAAGCCUGAAGAGGUGGAGGAAGACUCUGAAGAAGUGAGGGAGCAGAAACACAAAACAUUUGUGGAGAAGUAUGAGAAACAGAUCAAACAUUUUGGCAUGCUCCACCGCUGGGAUGACAGCCAGAAGUACCUGUCUGACAAUGUCCACCUCGUAUGUGAGGAGACAGCCAACUACCUGGUUAUCUGGUGCAUUGACCUAGAAGUAGAAGAAAAGUGCGCACUCAUGGAGCAGGUGGCCCACCAGACCAUGGUCAUGCAGUUCAUCCUGGAGCUAGCCAAGAGCCUGAAGGUGGACCCCCGGGCAUGCUUCCGCCAGUUCUUCACUAAGAUUAAGACGGCUGACCGCCAGUAUAUGGAGGGCUUUAAGUAUGAACUGGAAGCCUUUAAGGAGCGCGUGCGAGGCCGGGCCAAGCUGCGCAUUGAGAAGGCCAUGAAGGAGUAUGAGGAGGAGGAGCGCAAGAAGCGGCUGGGUCCCGGCGGCUUGGACCCUGUGGAGGUCUACGAGUCCCUUCCCGAGGAGCUCCAGAAGUGCUUUGACGUGAAGGAUGUACAGAUGCUCCAAGAUGCUAUCAGCAAGAUGGAUCCCACUGACGCAAAGUAUCACAUGCAACGCUGCAUCGACUCUGGUCUCUGGGUCCCCAACUCCAAGUCCAGCGAGGCCAAGGAGGGGGAGGAGGCGGGCCCUGGGGACCCAUUGCUGGAAACCGCCCCCAAGGCGGGUGAUGAGAAAGAUGUAAGCGUGUGACCUGUCCCCAGCCACUGCCACCACCCCCAGGCUUCUGUGGGGUUUCUUUACAGAAAACAAAACGUAGACAACAUGUCCCCAGCUCCUGACGUCCUCCACUGUCGCUGCUCCUCCUGCCCUGCCCAGCCAGGGGGACCUGCCCUGCUGUUCCUCCUCCACUGGCCCCACUCCCCAGCUCUUGUCUAACUCUUGAGUAGAGGGGCUUCAUUGCCUGCAGCUCCCUCCCAUCAGCGUUAUGCCAAAGUCCCAGGGGUCCGGGAGGGGCAGAGGCUGCCAGGUUGGUCCUCCAGGUUGGGGGUGUGUUCCCAGCCAAGGGGCCCAUCCCUUUGGGUCUGUUCCACUGUUCUACUGUCUGGCCUUCUGUUUGGAAAACAGCAAUGAUGUUUCAAUAAAGAAGUUCAGAUGCUUGAA